AUGACCCUUGCAACAAGUAGCACGAAGCCAGACUCCGUUCAUGUCACACUACUUUCCAUAGCUGCAACAGCAGCUACAGUCUACACAGUUUCUUCUGUUUUGGCAUUUCAAAAGAGACGGAAACUUCCAGAUGGUGUUCGUCUUCCUCCUCAUUUGACUUCUUAUAUUCCGUACAUUGGCGUUGGAUUGCAAUUUGCCAACGGCUUAAUCCUGGAUUUCGUUUCGGAUACUGCCAAAAAGCUAAAUGCCUCAGUCUUUACUGCCACUGUCAAUGGGACGAAAUGUGUAUUCAUUGCCGAUCCGGAUUUGGUAUUUACUGUUUACAAAGACUCGAUUAAAGAGGUUGAUUCUAUAUCCUUGCAAAAGCAAGCCAUGACAACUCUUAGUGGGAUCAACCGUAGCGCUGUAGACGAAUUUAUGGAUAACAAUAAGGAAGUACAGAAGGCUGCGUGGGGACAAUUCCACAAAUACUUCUUUCAAUCUGAUCAGGUGUCCAAAAACAUUGAGGCCGUGCAAAGAGUCAUUGGGGGUAGACUUGAAACCAUGGGUCUAUCCAAGGCUGACGGCGAGUGGAAAUCUUUCCAUAUGUUUGAAUUUGUACGGGAAUUUAGCUUUUUCGCCUCUGUUGGACCACUUCUCAGUAAUGGGCUAUUAACACAAGACCAGAUCAUCGAAACGUAUGCCAAGUUUGAAGAAGGAGUGCCACUGUUAUUUGCCGAAGCUCCAUCGUUGUUGACGAGAAAUACCGCCGCUGCUCGUGAGCGCGUGGUUCAAAUGCUCAUGACGUCUGAAGUCGACGAAGGUUUAUCCGAGUUUAUGAAAGCAAGAAAGGUUACACUUGGUCAUCUACCUAAGGAGGUACUUGCUCGAAUGAACCUUGGACUCAUCGUCGCCACUGUGUCGAACUCCGUUCCGGCUGUCUUUUGGGUACUGUGUGAGUUGAUGCACAAUCCGAAAGCAUUCGAAGCAUGUGCCAAGGAAGUCAAGCACGUCUCCGACAAGAAGGCAAAUAAGGAGGAUCCCUUCACCAUGGAAGAGCUUGAUGAAAUGCCACUCUUGGAAUCCUGUUUUAAGGAGUGCCUACGAAUGUACCAAGCCAGCUUCUCUGUUCGCAAUGUGACAGGAGACUUCAUCCUGAAUCCUAAAGAAAAGAAUGGUCCCAAAUACUUGAUUGAAAAAGGAACCUGCAUCAUGGCCUACACUGCAACAGCACACAUGCACCCUUCUAUUUUUGAGAAUCCCGAAACGUUUCAAUAUGACCGAUUUCUCGAUCCCACCAAAACAGCAUUGAACGGUAAACGGUUGCUGAACUACUGGCGACCAUUCGGUGGUGGUGCCCACUUGUGUAGCGGACGAAAAUUCAUUUCCUAUGAGGUCAGAGUCUUCUUGGCCAUAUUGCUUCUGAAAGUGGACAUGAAACUGGAAGAUCCAAGCGAAUUAAAACCAGCUAUUGCCUUAGAUCGACAAGGCUUCUCCAUCGCUCACCCAAAUAAGGAUCCAACAUUGUUGGCGAAGAUGCGGGAAUCUUAA